UAUUAAACCGAGUGCCAUUGAUCACCAGGGGAGGUCUGACGCCUGCCCGAUACCAGCAUUGUCAUUAUGUAAAUGAUCUCGUGUCAUAUAGAUUUUCGCAAACAUAAUCCAUCAAAUAAAUAAAAAAGUCCGGCUGCAUGGCACAGCACUGUGCAUGACAUCUAGACUGUAGACCCAAUUACUCUGUGGUCUUUCAUAUGACAGUGGCAAUCAGGCAUGAGGCUGGGUGGCAUAUUGAGAGAUAAUGGAGUCUAGCACCCAAAGUCCCACCCAGAGCUUCUCCAUAACCCACCAAUGGGACGGCUCGUCCAUUGACCACGCACCAAUCAAAGUGUCUCUGUUACGCGAUCCCCAAGAUACCUCCUGUCUGUUGCUUGAAACAGAGGCCCCCUUCUUCAACAACCCAGGAAGGCCGCAAGGGGAACCUGGUCUACCCUAUGAUGGUCUAUGGGAGUAUGAAGUCGUAGAGGCUUUUUUUCUGGGAGAUGGUGAGAAAUAUCUUGAAGUGGAACUCUGUCCGCAUGGUCAGCACUUAGUUCUGCUGCUGAACGGAGUCAGGAAGUUUUACAAGACAAAACUCGCCCUUGAUUUUCAAGCCACUAUCAACACUGACGAAGGCACUUGGAAAGGCCGUGCCAAGAUACCACUGGAGUAUUUACCGCCUGGUGUGAAGAAAUUUAACGCUUAUGCAAUCCAUGGAUCGGAAGAUGAUCGCACGUACGAGGCUCUGUAUCAUGUACCCAAGGGACAGUACGCAAAUCCAGACUUCCACCGUUUGGAGUAUUUCCGUGACAUUGACUUCACAGGCCUCGUUUCUUCAAACAUAGCAUCUAAGCUGUGGGAUAAUGCAAUAUAACCGAGCCACUAGUCAACAUGUAAGAGAUCAUUCAAGGUUACAAGCAGUUUAUUCUAUUGACAGCCUGUAAUUUCUUUUGAGACAAUUGUGCAGAAUGAUCCAUGCAUUUUUUUGUUCUUUGUGUGUGCCCUGUUUACUUUGAGGACUGAUCACAUUUCAACAAAUGCUAAACUAUCCAGAACCAUUCAAAAAGAGGUUUGGUAAAUUACCCAUGUUUGAUGACAACUGAAAUAAUUACAUGAAAUUAAACUAAAAAUAUAGGGUGAGUAUUAUUUUAAUACACAGCAUAUGUAGGUUCACCUAUUAUCAAUGUUUCUGGAAUAUCAUUUGAAAUGGAAGAAAACACAAGUCUUUACAUUGCAUAAAAGUUCAGUUAUCAGGUGAAGACAGGAAUCUUCAAUGUGGGAUGCUGUGGUCCCAUUGUUAUGGUGUUCAACAAUUGAUCUUUGCAUUAUUUUGAUAAGUAUUUCAAUUGAUACAUGUACUUUUUCAUUUUCAUUACUUGCAUAAAGUAAGCAUUAGAGUUUUAAGUCUUUUUUACUGUACUUCUUUAACAUGCCUCAUAAUUUACAAGUGAUGUGUGUAAAAGCAAGCAAUAAAGAAUUAUAUAAAAUAAAACAAAGAAAACUAAUCAGUUUGCAAUAAUUUUCAAAAAUUGUUUGAACUACAUGAAUUGAUUGAAAAGUAUAGAAAUUAAAAAAAAUUCAUAUUGUACAAAAUAAACAUUUUCAGAAAUGAAGUCGUUGAAGCAGCUUUAAGAUUUUUGUUAAAAGUGGAAGUAUAAUGUUUUAUAAAUCGAUCGGAAGAAAUAUUUACAUUAAAAAAAUUAUUGUUUUAUUCAAAA